GAUUCGUCUAGCGACGUAAUGUUUACGGUCUGUUAGUAGGAAGUGUCACACGAUUUAAUUGCAAGUUGUAUGAGCUUAUUAGACAUUAUGUAUAGGAUUGAGCGUUUGUGCUGAACAGACCACAUCUGACAGAGGCUACGGGUUUUUUGGCUAGACACUAACUUAUUUCCUUUUACCGGAGUCUUGAUCAUGUUACUCUACAGAGCUUCGUCAACUUUAAAACUGGCUGCCGUUUUACUGACUUUGUGGAUUCAGCAGAGCACCUGGAAAGAAGUGGAAACAAUUCAUCCAGCAUGUGCUCUGGUGGCUGAACAUAUGAAGGCUCAAGAGCAAUGCAUUCUCACACGAAGACAAGAGGCCAACAACCACAAUAUCACUGGUUGUCGUACCGAGCGAGAUGAGUUUUGGUGCUGGUACAGAGCAGAAGUUGGACAGGUGGUCAAUGUCUCAUGUUCCGAAGUGUCUCAGUUGUUCGCCAAAAAUCACGGUUACAUACUCAGAAACUGCACUAAAGAUGGUUGGACAGAAGCAUACCCAUCCUAUGAGAAUGCUUGUGAGAUUGUGGAGGACGUGGAGUCAGAGACUGAGACCAUAUACUUCUCAACUUUCAGGCAGGUGUACACUGUGGGUUAUGCUACCUCUCUGAUUUCCCUCCUCUCAGCCAUCUUUGUAUUUACGGCCUUCAGGAAAUUCCACUGCACCAGAAACUACAUUCACAUGAAUCUGUUUGUGUCCUUCAUCCUGAGAGCCAGUGCAAUCUUCAUCAAAGAUGGGGUUCUCUUCGCAGAUGAAAAUCUGGAUCACUGCUUCAUGUCAACAACCUCGUGUAAGGCAGCAGUGGCUUUCUUCCAAUUCAGUAUUCUGGCUAAUUAUUUUUGGCUACUCGUCGAGGGAAUGUAUCUCCAGACUCUUCUAGCUCUUACGUUUGUCUCACAGAAGAAAUAUUUCUGGUGGUACAUCCUUAUUGGUUGGGGUCUUCCAACAAUAAUACUGACCAUCUGGGUUCUGGCAAGAUAUUUUUUUGACAACACAGGGUGCUGGGAUGACACAGAUAUCGCUUACUUCUGGUGGAUCAUCAAAGGACCAAUCACAGUGUCUCUUCUGAUCAAUUUCAUCAUCUUCAUAAAUGUGAUCCGGAUCCUUGUGCAGAAGCUGAAGUCUCCAGGAGUGGGAGGCAAUAAUGAUACCGGCCACUUCAUGAGACUGGCCAAAUCUACUCUUUUCCUGAUCCCUCUGUUUGGCAUGCACUACAUGGUGUUUGCCUUUCUGCCAGAGAACACAGGAGAAUAUGCUCGCCACUUCCUCGAGCUCGGCCUGGGUCCCUUUCAGGGUUUUGUUGUGGCUCUGUUAUACUGUUUUCUCAAUGGAGAGGUACAAGCAGAACUGAAGAAGAGAGUGUGGAAGUGGCAGACGCAAAGUUAUUUGAGAUACAGUAAGAGAAGACGGACCCUUUUUACCGAGAGCAGCACAGUCACACAAAUCUUAGUUUUGGAGAAAUCCAGUCCCAAGGAGCUGCCUUUCAUUGAGCCCCAGAACAGUGUUACAACUUAAGUAUAAAAUUACUACAGGGCAUCCAAAGUUUUUGGAAUAACUGGUAUUUUCAAGAUAUUGUAUUCAUUAUAAAUCAGUUAAAACCAGUAACACACUAAGAUUUAUUCAAAGAUAAAAAUGUUUCUUUAAAAUGUAUUUAUUGAAAACUAAAUUUCAGAAUGAAUACCAAUUAUCAUUAACAGUAAUUGUUCUGAUUAAAAUAAUAAUAAUUCAUUUUGUUUUGAAAAUGGCCUAUUUAAAAAGCUUUUGCAGUGCACACAUGUGGAGCACUACGCUGUAAAGUUUCAUGUUUGGUGGAAAGUAGUUUUUAACUUUUUUAUUGUCCCUACAUAGUUGUAUAUAUACUAGACAUUUGUUCUCUGUUACUUGGUGUUUUUAAUAUAAUUUCAUUAAGAUUGUUAUUCAUCAAUGCUUACCAGUUGCAUCUAAAGAUGUGCAAAAUAAAUAUUUAUACAUUAAUUUGCAGCGGUCUAUGUAAGAAAUUAAAUCAUUAAAAGCUAUUUUACAGCAUACAGGCCUCACCUUUAGCCAAAAACUUGAUCAAUGUGUGUAAAUCUAGGUAGAAACUUUGAAAAGUAACCUUUAAAAGAAAUGCAAUAGAAUGUACAGUAAGCUACUCGCCGUGUUUUUCAUCCAAACAAAUUCUGUUUACCCGGCUAAAAGAUUGUCACGCAUAAUUUUGGUUCACAAACUUUUUCUAAUAAACUGCUAACAAGUGGUUGGCAAGUUCAUUUCAAUUAUUUAUUUAUUUUUAUUUAUUAUGUGACACCUUUAUUUAAAGAAUAGUUCUAGAAUCUUUUCAUUUUACCCUCCUUCGUUUUGUCAGCUGUUGACAAUAAUGUUCACUGAUGAGCUUACACUCAUUAUAACUCAUGUAUAUGUUAUUGGUGGCUUGCAUGUGCUAUUAGGAACAUUUGUGUCUUCAAAUACUGAACCUAUAUAGUUUCAAAUUUAAACUCAAGUAUUUCCUUAUAUUUUUAUAGGCCUACUCCAAAGAAAUGUUUUAUGUCAUGUUACAUAAGCAGUUACUGUUUAUCAACUUUUUGUAACUGAUACAACUAUUUUGUAUGUAAUUCAUGCUUAUUGUACGAAUCAAUGUCUGAAUAAUGUCUUAUUCAGCAAAAUGAGUGGAGUAAAAUAUAUUGGUUGAAGGCACAUUUUCAGUGUCUGAAGAAUUUUGCGAAAUAACAUUGUAAUAAUUCAUAUAAGAGUAUAUACGAAUAUAAAGAGUACAUGUAGGGUGUGUGCAAUGUUUUCUUCAUUUUGCAGGUUGUCCUCGUUUGAUGUUAUUUUAUUGAAAUGCUAUUGACAUUUUGUUUUAAUUUAGAACAACCCCAAAGUUCUGUCAUUGCCUUUUUGGUUGCUCAUUUAUGAUUUUGGAUAUAAGGCUUUAGUGGGACCAUAAAUUCAAAAUAUUAAUUGACUGUGAAGCCAGAAUAAUGUACACCUGUUAUGUAAAACUUUGGUGCAGCUUUUGGCAAAAUGUAUUUACCUGUUUGUUUUAAAUAUUGUGUGUAUUGUCGUUUUUUCCGUUGUUAUAAUGUUACAGAUAGCUAUUUAGAUAACAACCUUGUCCUGAUUGUAAGAGUUGUUGCUACGUUCACCGACCUGCCUUAACGUAAUUUGUUUUCAAUUGUGUACUGGUUUGUUGAACCUUGGAUGUGAAGUAAAUUUCUUUAUGUGCAUGUGUUAUGUGACAUAUCUAGUAUACUGUAUGUACCUGUAUACUGUCUUAACAGUGCAAAUUAUUAUAAGCUCUAUGUCGCGUUGAUUCCCCCUAAAGGAUGUAAUUUAAACUGCAUACUUGUAUAAAAACUUGCAUGAUACAGUCAGCUUAAAGACACAUUGAUAAGAAUAUUUUGAAUGAGUUAAAAUAACACUGUAGACACAAAGCAAAAUCACCAGUGUUAAAAAAAUUCAAAUUAACUCUCACAGUGAUAAUCCACACACACUGCGAGUGUUAAUUAGACCUUUUUUAACACUGGCGAUUUUACUGUGUACCAUAUUUAUGAUGAGGAUGAGGGAGUAUUAGAAAAUUCAUUUCUCAAAAACAUUUAAUGGAGUUUCAAAAACAAUAUUCAAUAAUGUACAGAAAGAUUUACCAUACAUAAAAACAUCAACCAAAAAGCCAGCAAUUUUACAUCAUAGCUACAUAAAAUGAAAACAAAAUAAACAAACAAGCAAAGAAAAAAAACAUAAGGAUUAUGUAUACAAAUGUAAAAUCAAUAUUAGCUGCAUUGUGCUAGCAACACUGCUUAAGACAUUCAAACAGAAUUAUUUACUGACAUUAGAAGUCCUCCAAACUGAAAUAUUAGUUUUCUACAUAUUUUCUUAAAUCUAUUCUGUAAUUCAUGUGCUUGGGUUUAAAAUAAGACAAAACACUCAGUUUCAAAAUGUGGUUUGCAUUAGGUGACAUACAGCUCCAUUAAAGCAGUAUAUAUAUUACAGCUAAAUCUAUAGUGUAUUUUACACAUGACAAACAUUUUCACACUUUGUCAAUUUACAAAAACAAAAGAAACAGAAAAAUCACCAAUCGAUAAAAUGUAAUUCCCGUUUCAUUAAACUCUCUACCUGUAAAAUUAGGUUUAAAUGUUUUAACAUCACCUUUAUUUGUAAUAAGUGUUUCAGUAGCAGAGUUCUGCAGUGAUUAUCCCAGACAUACAUGUACUGAUAGGCAAAAACACAUUUUUAUCUUCAUAUUGUUGUAAGUUUUAUAAAAUGUGCAGGUUAUCUGGUUCUGGGUGAGGACUGGGAUAUAUAAAAUCGGUGCCAAACUAGACUAAAUCUUCUUUUUUGUCUAAACAAC